AAUCAAUAAUCACUCUCGCUCAAACCCUCUUCCCUCCUUCCUUCCUUCCUUCUUUCCUCUACGUUGCUGUCGCUUCGCUUUUGGCCUUGCAAUCGGUAGAAGAUUCCGUCGCCGUCCCGCUCGAUUUUCCGGUCGCCGAUAGGGUUUCCGAUCCCUCGGGGCGCCUCGCCGCCGACGAUCCUCCGCCCGUCCCUCCGUCCGUCCCUCCCUCCCGCCCGCCGGGGGUUUUUCCCCUUCGAGCCAUGUCGCUGCGGCCCAACGCGAGGACGGAGGUCCGCCGGAACCGCUACAAGGUGGCGGUCGACGCCGACGAGGGGCGGCGGCGGCGGGAGGACAACAUGGUGGAGAUCCGGAAGAGCCGCCGGGAGGAGAGCCUGCUGAAGAAGCGACGCGAGGGGCUCCAGGCGCCGCAGGCCUCGCCCUCGCUCCACUCCUCCGCCGUCGAGAAGAAGUUGGAAAAUCUACCUAGCAUGGUGGCUGCUGUAUUGAGCAAUGAUAAAUCUUUGCAAGUUGACGCAACCACGCAGUUUAGAAAGCUACUUUCAAUAGAACGCAGCCCGCCUAUUGAGGAGGUGAUUCAAUCAGGUGUUGUUCCUCGCUUUGUCGAGUUUCUCAUGAAGGAGGACUUCCCUCAACUUCAGUUCGAAGCAGCUUGGGCACUGACCAACAUUGCUUCUGGUACAUCUGAGAAUACUAAGGUGGUAAUUGAUCAUGGAGCUGUUCCUAUAUUCGUGAAACUUCUUCGUUCUCCUAGUGAUGAUGUGCGUGAGCAGGCUGUUUGGGCUCUAGGAAAUGUUGCCGGUGAUUCUCCCAAAUGCCGCGACCUGGUACUUUUAAAUGGUGCCUUGCAUCCAUUGCUGGCACAAUUGAAUGAGCAUGCAAAGCUUUCUAUGCUGAGGAAUGCCACCUGGACGCUUUCGAACUUCUGUAGAGGGAAGCCCCAGCCACUUUUUGAGCAGGUUAAGCCUGCACUUCCAGCCCUUGCACAUCUUAUCCAUUCAACUGAUGAAGAGGUUUUGACGGAUGCUUGUUGGGCUCUAUCAUACCUUUCUGAUGGCACAAAUGAUAAAAUUCAAGCCGUGAUUGAAGCCGGUGUAUGUCCUCGUCUUGUGGAACUACUGCUUCACCCAUCUCCAUCUGUGUUGAUUCCUGCCCUCCGCACGGUUGGAAAUAUCGUCACUGGAGAUGAUCUGCAAACCCAGUGUGUCAUUGAGCAUCAAGCACUCCCCUGCCUUCUGAACCUGUUGACUGGUAAUUAUAAGAAGAGCAUCAAGAAAGAAGCUUGCUGGACAAUCUCGAAUAUUACAGCUGGUAAUAAGGAACAGAUACAGGCUGUCGUUGAGGCUGAUAUUAUUGGUCCAAUGGUACAACUACUUCAAAAUGCUGAAUUCGAUAUAAAGAAGGAGGCUGCAUGGGCAAUCUCAAAUGCCACAUCUGGCGGUUCUCAUGAACAAAUCAAGUUCCUAGUAAAUCAAGGAUGUGUCAAGCCUUUAUGUGAUCUUCUCAUCUGCCCUGAUCCAAGGAUUGUGACAGUUUGUCUAGAGGGUUUGGAGAAUAUCUUGAAGGUAGGAGAAGCUGAGAAAAAUCUUGGCAACACUGGUGAUGUAAAUGUCUAUGCUCAGAUGGUUGAAGAUGUGGAGGGCUUGGAGAAAAUCGAGAGCUUACAGUCUCAUGACAACAAUGAGAUUUAUGAGAAGGCAGUAAAGAUUCUCGAAGCAUACUGGUUGGAAGAAGAUGACGAUGCGAUGCCACCAGGUGAUGCCCCUCAACCAGAUAUGCAAUUUGGAGGGAAUAAUCUGCCUCCCAUGCCAUCCGGUGGAUUUAAGUUUGGUUAGAGGUAGGUCCUCUUUCGGCAUAAAGGUGAUUCCUUCAUCCACCUCUCUUUCGAUAUCCAUCGGAAUUUUGUUGGUGCCGUAGCUGCCUUUCCCUUGACCUCAGAUUCUUGGGCUUUAUGGCAGGAUUAAAGUUGGGUCCUGGUCGGUUACGCGUCGAGUCUGGGUCAUGGUUGAGUCGAGUCUUAGGGGCAAGAUCAAGUAGGUGCUUGAACUAGCCUCAGGUUCCGAGUCUCUGGAAGCAGGUGAGAGAAGUUGGAUAUUGCGCUCCUUAUUGAAUGGUUCAUUUCGGAUAUAGUAACUCAUGAGGUUAUUGGGGGGCAGCAAGUCAUCCCUGACGAGCUCUAUCAUACAUAAAGCGCCACUGGAGUGCCUGUUUAUGUGGCCAUCGCAGGAAAGGUUUCAAUGUCACACAUGCUUAGGGUCCUCCACCUAUCUGGUCCUGUGCUGCAUGUCGAUACCCGUUGCGUUCUGUCGGAGCAAUGAGUUCCUCGAUUCUUUUUCUUUUAUAAGAUUGAUUCAGUCGGGUCUUUAAUUAGCAGCUUGAGGUUGCCUUGCAAUUUCUUCUGCGGGUUCUCAAUGUCAUUAUGUUGAUGCAUAGUGUUUUUAUCAAACGAAUGGUUCUCAAGCCUUCGAAGAUUUCAUUUUUUGUACCCUCUUUAUAUGAUCAUCUUCUUGCAUGAUUCCUGUCAAACAAUGUAAAAUACGAAAUCGACAUCUUCUAAUCUUUGCUACU